CAGAAGAAGCAGAUGUCCAACAGCAGCUCCAUCACCGAGUUCCUGCUCCUGGCAUUCGCAGACACGCGGGAGCUGCAGCUCCUGCACUUCGGGCUCUUCCUGGGCAUCUACCUGGCUGCCCUCCUGGGCAACGGCCUCAUCCUCACCGCCGUAGCCUGCGACCACCGCCUCCACACCCCCAUGUACUUCUUCCUCCUCAACCUCGCCCUCCUCGACCUGGGCUGCAUCUCCACCACUGUCCCCAAAGCCAUGGCCAAUUCCCUGUGGGACACCAGGGCCAUUUCCUAUGCAGGAUGUGCAGCCCAGGUUUUUUUGUUUCUUUUCUUGAUGACAGCAGAGUAUUCUGUCCUCACCAUCAUGGCCUACGACCGCUACGUGGCCAUCUGCAAGCCGCUGCACUACGGGACCCUCCUGGGCGGCAGAGCCUGUGCCACCAUGGCAGCAGCUGCCUGGGGCAGUGGGGUUCUCCACGCUCUCCUGCACACUGCCAAUACAUUUUCUCUUCCUCUCUGCCAAGGCAAUGCUGUGGACCAGUUCUUCUGUGAAAUCCCCCAGAUCCUCAAGCUCUCCUGCUCAGACUCCUCCAUGAGGGAAGCUGGGCUUCUUGUGGCUAGUGUCUGCAUAGUCUUCAUGUAUUUUGUUUUCAUCCUGGUGUCCUAUGUGCAGAUCUUCAGGGCCGUGCUGAGGAUCCCCUCUGAGCAGGGCCGGCACAAAGCCUUUUCCACGUGCCUCCCUCACCUGGUCAUCGUCUCCCUGUUUCUUAGCACUGCCAUGUUUGCCUGUCUGAAGCCUUCCUCCGUCUCCUCCCCAGCUCUAAUUCUGAUGGUGUCAUUUAUAUACUCGGUGGUGCCUCCAGUGGUGAACCCUCUCAUCUAUAGCAUGAGAAAUAAGGAAAUCAAGAAUGGUAUAAAGAAAGUGAUUUCAUGGACAUUUCUCAAGGGCAAUAAACAUCCUACCUUUCUUGACAAAUGUCUGUGA